CACUUUAAACCUGCUUCUCCACUCAUCACCGGUCUCUAACCUAAAACAUGCACAAAAGAAACAAGAAAGUACCUACAACCAAAAUAUAUGGAUUAUACGCCAAUAUCAGAAUAUACGGGAACUCAGCAGGCCAUCAUCCAGGAGUGUAAAAAUACCCCAUGUAAGCUGCUUAUGAGUCCCUAUUGUCUGUCUCUUCCAGUACUCACUGUGCAGCAUUUUUACCAUCCUCCCCAUUUGCCAGCAUGUUUUAUCACUCUGAAAUAAAAUUUACACCUGGAUUUAAACAUUUACUGCUUAGACAGUAAAAGUAACAGACCUUCCCAUUUACGAUGGCAGUCUUAAAAGUAACAUUCACGAAGACGAAUCGAGACAAAUUGGCCCAGGUUUUAUGGGUGCUGAACUGGGUGUCUGUAGUCACAGGGGUAACGCUAUUCAGUCUGGGCCUGUUCCUUAAAGUGGAGAUCGAGAAGCGCCGUGAGCUGAUGUCAAAAGAGAUCGACUCGGUGCCAAACAUGCUCAUCUCUGUUGGCUUGACUGCCUGUGCAAUUAACUUUUUGGGGGGCACGAUCUGUUACGACUGCGUGGACACCACCAAAUUCCUGCGAUGGAAGCUGCUGAUGCUGCCUUACAUCAUAUGCACAUUCUUCUUUACCUUCUGUAUCCUUGUGGGGGCCCUCAUGUGUUAUAGCAUGCGCAAUGACCUGGAAGAGUCACUGUUCCUGGGCUUGCGUGAUGCCAUGCGCUACUAUAAAGACACUGACAUGCCAGGCCGCUGUUACAUUAAGCGCACAAUGGACAUGUUGCAGAUGCAGUUUCAAUGCUGUGGCAAUGGAGGGUAUCGGGACUGGUUUCACAUACAGUGGAUCAGUAAACGACAUCUGGAUAUGACCAACAGUGAAGUGGUUGAUCGACUACAGAGUAACGUAGAGGGGAAAUAUUUGAUAGAUGGGGUGCCCUUCAGCUGCUGUAAUGUGCAUUCCUCUCGACCCUGCAUCCAGCAUCAAAUCACCAACAAUUCAGCGCAUUAUAACUACGAUUACCAGAAGGACGAGUUGAACCUGAACCAAAAGGGUUGCAGACAGGCUCUGCUAGAUCACUACACAAACAUAAUGCAGUCCAUUGGUUUGAUUGUUCUCACCAUUUGGCUCUUUGAGGUGUCUGUGUUGACCGGAGUACGUUACCUUCAGACGGCCAUGGAAAAUGUGCUGAGGUUAGGAGAUCCCGACUCAGAGUCUGAUGGCUGGAUUCUGGAGAACAGCAUAGCCGACACAGCCCGUUAUAACUUCAAUAUCAUCAAGAACUUGGGCAAGUGCUAUCAGGUGGAUGAUGACCCCAACAUUGAUGUACCAAGCACCAGUCAACGACUACAAGAGAAUGUGCCUGCCAGUCAAAAACCUGUGGUCAGGUAGUGCAAGAGACACUUUGGACACUGCCUUGGAGAGACAGAUCAAGCUCAACAAAUCUGACUCGUACUUAACAAACAGAGAAAGAAAAAUAUGUACACUGGAACUGCACUGGUCUGGAACUUUACUGCACUGUGAUUCCUGUGCCAUACAAAAGAAAAAUGAAAGAAAUGCUUCUUAGAAAGAGAAAAGCAUGUUUGGGCAGAUGAUUACAUGAUGGUAAACAUGAUGGUAACAAGAGUGAACAAAGAUACAGUAAUGGAAUAUAUACUUAUCUGUGCCUCUACCCUGUAAUGAAGAUUUUUUUGUGCAUCCUAAUAAUUUAAUGGCAAACACAUUUUUUAGUUAAUGCGAUCGAGAAGGGUUUAAACAACAGGCCUUUGUUUCAUUACUGGUACUGUAUUUUAAUACCUUUUGAGGUCCAUCAAGGAUCUUUUGGUCUUUUCACCUAAACACUCACUUACUUUGUAACAUUAUAGAUCUGUAGUUUUACCUCUAGUAAAGGAUCUUGUUUGCUUUAAAGAUUUUCUGGACAACAGGACCAUGUGGUCUCCGGACCUCCAGGGGCCUUGAGCUGAGAGGCUUGCAUUUGCCUGGUAGUAAAAAAUAAAGCAUUGCAAGUGUAAAGCCGAUAAAUCUGACGUUGCAAUUACAAGAUGCCUCUCUUACAAAAACUCUCUGGCAUAAAAAGGUGUGUGGCUCCAUUAAAGGCUGGUAGCCCGAGGCCUUGUUGAACCAUAAUGCAUCCUGCUUUACUGGUCUCAGUAAAUACAAAGGUAACAUCUUACAUGUAGCGUAAGAUUUUUCCCCCUGCUUUGUUUACCAGCAUGUGUUAAAAGCUGUGGUCAUGAGCCUUUUAGAAGUGUUUACAUAAAAAUGUAAGAAUGCCUGUGAUAAAAAUGAUACAUUUCCACUAAAUUGCCUUGGUGUCUAGACUGCAUAACUAGAUUGUUCCUGUUAUGUUUCUUGAGCCCUUCAAAGCGAGACAAACUUUUGUGCACAAGCAGCG